GUUGGUACUCACCAAUCUAGCUACUGAGCUUUGUCCUCAGCUACUAUUCUUUCUCGGCUCAUUCUCGCUCUCAUCACCUAUUAGUCAAACAACUCCUCACUGGUCCAGUCAACACUAUUUUCUCACAUCCACCCUCACUCUCCACCACACACCCACCAAUGCGCCGCCUCCUCCUCCUCCCCCUCGCGGCGACGGCGGCCACCCUCCUCCUCUUCUGCCCGGCGGCAGCGUCGUCUCCCCCCACUGACAAAUCCCUCUUCAACUGCACCGGAGUCUUCAGCUGCGGCCCCCUCGUAAACGUCUCCUACCCCUUCACCGGCGGCGACCGCCCCGCCCACUGCGGUCCGCCGGAGUUCCGCCUCAGCUGCAUCGACGGCUCCCCGGAGCUCACCGUCGACUUCCUCACUUACCGCGUCCUCGCACUCGACCAGGCUGGCCAAUCGCUCACGCUCUCGAGAACCGAUCUCUACAACAACACCUGCCUGCAGCAGUACGCCAACACCACUCUUAACUCCACCAUCUUCACCUUAGCUAGCGACGACCAAGACUUGACCUUCUUUUAUGGUUGUUCGACGUCCAUGAUCGCCAAGCCCGAGAAUCUGUUCAAUUGCGAGAUCAGUGGGACCGUGACGAGCAACUAUUAUUUGAUCGGUGCUGUCGCAACUGAUCCGAUUCUUAACGUGAGCAAGUGUAAUGUGAGCGUCACGGUCCCAAUUCUGCAAUCCGCGGUGAUCAUGCUCACCGCAAACCGGUCGGCGCUCAGAGAGGCUCUGAUGGAGGGUUUUGCGGUGAAUUACUCGAAUCCGUACGAGGAUCAGUGCGUGAUGUGUGGUGGGAUUGGUGGGGAGUGUGGGUUUGACUCUGAUCAGGGGAAGCCUAUUUGUAUUUGUGGUGACCAAAUUUGUUCCACAUCCACUGCAGGAUCCAACAUUUGGAGAAAACUUCUCAUAGGUGGAGUGCUUGUUAUUGGUGUGUCAAUAUUUGCAAUUGCCAUCAUUUUCACAUGGAAGGUUCUACUCUUCAAGAACAAGAAAGAUCACGAAGUUGAGCAACUGAUAGGAAUCCUUGGAUCUCUUGUUCUGAGAAGAUACCGAUAUACCGAUUUGAAGAAAAUGACAAAAUCAUUUUCAGAGAAAGUUGGUCAAGGAGGAUUUGGUGCAGUGUAUAAAGGAAAGACUAGAGAUGGUUGUUUUGUGGCAGUGAAAAUUCUGAAAGAGUUGAAAAGCAGCCCAAAAGAAUUUAUCAAUGAAGUUGUGAGCAUUAGUAGAACUUCUCACAUUAAUGUUGUCAGUCUCUUAGGUUUUUGUUACGAAGGGAAGAAGAGAGCUCUAAUAUUUGAGUACAUGCCUAAUGGUUCGUUGGAUAAGUUCAUAAAUUCGGGAAAAGCUUUAAAUAUGAGUAGUUCCUUGGAAUGGAAGAUAAUAUAUAAAAUUGCAAUUGGCAUUGCUCAUGGGCUAGAAUAUUUGCACCAAGGCUGCAAUACCAGAAUCUUGCAUCUUGAUAUAAAACCUCAUAACAUCUUGCUCGAUAGAGAGUUUAACCCCAAGAUUUCGGAUUUUGGCCUUGCUAAACUUUGUCAUGGACGAGAGAGUGCUGUAUCAACUCUUGGCAUGAGAGGAACGGUCGGAUUUAUUGCACCAGAAGUUGUUUGUCAAAACUUGGGGAGAGUCUCUCACAAGUCUGAUGUUUAUAGUUACGGAAUGUUGGUUCUUGAUAUGGUAUGCAUAAAAAAUCAUGACAUCAAAAUGUCCAACAGCAGUGAAAAAUACUUUCCGGAAUGGAUUUAUAGGAAUUUAGAGCUCGGCAAAGAUAUCAAAUUGCCGAUGAAUGUGACAAAGGAGGAGGAAGUGCUGGCGAUGAAGAUUAUCAUUGUGAGUUUGUGGUGCAUUCAAACUAGGCCAUGUGAUAGACCACCAAUUAGGAAUGUGGUAGAAAUGUUGGGAGGAAGCUUGGAAUCAUUGCAAAUGCCACCGAAGCCCAUCUUGUAUUCUCCAUAACAAGAAAUGUCGCAACACUAGGAAAUGACGAUGUCAAAUUCUAAUGAGAGCCAUGAGGAGGACAGGAUAUUGAAUAAUUUAGAGGAAAACAACAAUUGAUGAUAAAGUUGUAGUGCACGACAUAAGUCCUUGAGGUAAUUGUCAUGCCUUAGUUUAGGUUGAAUAUGUUUGUGAUAUCCAGGAUUUCCAUAUUUAUAAUUAUGUAAUAUUCAGAAAUUCAUGUUAUGAUAAUAAUACUUAGAUUUUGAGCUAAGUAUUAUUUGUCUUAGUAUUCAAACGAGCACACGGAAACUUUAAUCGAAUUGUAAACGUUCAUGGGAUGAGGCCGGUAAUUUUCAUGAAUGUAAAUCGUUUCGGGUUCAAUGUGUGAACCAAAUUAUGUGUGUACUAAUAAUAGAACGGUAUUACUUAAAUUACUAUAGUCUUACUAAUUAAUGAUUGUUAUUAAUCGCAUAAGUUUUAGUUAAUUGAUAAUAAUAUUGUUGAAUAAUUUAUGUUAAUAGUGCUAGAAGAAGGAGUAUGUUCUGCUUACUACAUUUUCUUCAUUGAAAAAUUUAUUAGUUAGAAUUAGAAGUGCCGAAUGUUUUUGAACAAAGCUUUGCAUGGCCAUGUGUCUUACAAAGUAAGAUUUUGUGGCUAAAUUCUUCCUACAUCUAAAUUAAGUGAUAAUUAUUCUAAGAUGACUCAUUUUCUUCAUGCAUUCCCCUUGGCCACGUGGAAGGGCCUUGCUUUGCAUCAUUGCCACAUUAAGCUAAAGAUUUAUAUGCAAAUUUACACCUAGCAUUGCAAGAAAUCAAAUUAUCUUAAUUAAAUUUGACAGAACUCAUUUUACUUUGUCAAAGACCCAUUUUUCGUCUCUUUCAAAACUCAAAUAGAAGCUGCAUGUGUUAGUUUUGCUUUUCAAUCUAAGAAUUUAGAGAGUUUUGUACUCAAGUGCAAUUAAGGUGGUAAAGACAGUCGGUGGUUUGUGGUUUGCAUUCAUUCGAGGUAAAUGAAAUUUCUAGGGUUAAGUUAGCUUAAAUAUACUUAAUUACUUCUAUCUUAAUUGGUUGGGUGACAGGUGAGGUCUUGAUGUGGGUAUGGUGAUUGUUAAGUGGCUUGAUAAUUUCUUGCAAGUUCAUUCUGCUUCGCCUUGGUUCGUUCUAUUUCGUUCUAUGUGAUUCUGGGUAGUCAGAAUUUGCUCAUUUUGCCAUCUUUGUCUUGGUAACUUAUUUCAUGUUCGUUCUACUUCUUUCUACCUCAUUAUGGGUAGUUAGAAUCUGGGCAUUCUACCAUCCUUGACUUGAUAACCCAUUGUAUGUUUGUUCUGUUUCUUUCUGCCUUAUUCUGGGUAAUUAGAAUUUGGUCAUUCUUCCAUCAUUGACUUGAUAACCUAUUGCAUGUUUGUUCUGCUUCAUUCUACUGGAAUUCUACCAGUCAGAAUCUAUUUGUUUCACUUGUUUCUACUAGAAUUUCCCAAGAUAGAAUUUGUCCAUUUGUGAGUCUGCUCAAAUCUAUUCAUUGGUGAGUCUAUUCACUUGCUGAAUUUGCCAACUUGUGAAUCUAUUUGUUGAAUAGUCUGUUUAUUGGUUCAGGCAGACUUUAUUGAAUUUGAAUCUAAUUCUCAUUGGAUCCGUUUAUCUAUUGACUCUGUCCAUUGCUAAAUCUAUCCAUUUAUAAGUUUGUUCAUUGUUGGAUCUGUUCUUUUGUUCUAUGAGCUAUUAUCAAGCCAAAAAUUUACCCUUUUAAUUGUUCAGACUUCACGAUCAUAAUGUAUUUGUUCACCCAGACUCAAAAUGUACCCAUUUGAUUUACCAGAUUUUGAUGUCCAGAACCUGCUCAAUGCUUAGACUCAAAAUAUAUCCAUUUGAUUUACCAGUUAUUGAUGUCCAGAACUUGCUCAAUAUUUAGACCCAAAACAUAUCCAUUUGAUUUACUAGAUUUUGAUGUCUAGAACCUACUCGAUGUCUAAACUCAGAAUGUACUCAUUUGAAUGUCCAGACUUUAAUAAAUAGAAUAUGUCUGUGUGUUAUUCCACAUGUGGUUAUUUGACAAAUGCACUAAAUUGAGUUGAGAUAUGUGUGCUAUGCUUGAGAGUAUGCAUAUAUUAUGGCUUGAAUAAAGUUAAUGUGAUUCCGUCACUUGUAUAGCGGUGAGUCAUGAUGCUCCGUGUCUCGGGAUGCCUCGGGGAGUGUUUCGGGAUGACUCGGGAGUCAAGAUACCCCAUGGGUCGGAAUGCCCUGUGGUGGAAAUUUGCAAGAUGUCUCAAAGUUGAGAUGCUCCGUGUGCGGGAUGCCCCGGGAGUGUUUGGGAGGAUGAAGCAUUAAUGAAUGUAAUGCAUUAUCAUUGGUAGAACCAAAUCAUUGUGUGAAACAUGAUGUGCACAUGCAUAAGUCUGGAUGGACGGUCUGUUGGUUAACAAUUUUUGUGGUAGAUGAACAUGAAAGGUAAAGUCUA